GUGAAUUGGUAUCCACCAUUUAUAUUUGGAUCUUUCUUUCUAGGGCUAAAUAGAUAAAGCUUAGCCUUUGCUCAACUCUCAAUUAUAUAUAUAUAUAUUUUUUUUGUGUGUGUUUGUGUAUACAUAUAUGUAUGUAUACGUACAGCUCAGCUUCCGCUAUUUCUAGCUAUUACUCAUUUUAGAUCCUCUUGUGCUAUUGAAUAAGUCAGAUCUGGAGGAAGAAGGUGGUGUAAAUAACAUAGUCUUUUUUCUGAAGUGCAGGGCACUCUGUCCACGAUUGACCUUGUAAACGCUCUUGUGUUUAUCUGCCAUGUCCAGUGAUCUUGUAUCUCAGCAGUUCUCAGGACCACCUGAGGGGCAGCUGGUUCAAAUGGACCAUGUUUCCAAUAAUCCUGACUCUAUGGCACAUAUGCAGACAAGUAUUGUUGGACACAUGCCAAAUAUUUCUGCAUCACACCAAUUUGUUUGGUCAAAUGAGCCUACAGCCAACAGAUUUGAUACUUCGGUUCCAGCCAAUCAGAUGGGGCAGAUGGGACCCAGAAUGAACCCUCAGCACUUCAUGUCACAUCAGCAGAUUGGAGGAGAUAGAUAUGUGCCAAAUAGUCCAAGUGCGCAGAAAUCGUCAGUACUCACCAAACGGAAGGCUGAGAUGGAACCAAUGCCAAAUAAGCGGACCGCACAGGGAGCUUCUUUGUCCACCUCUCCAGGUUUUGUGCAGCAAUCUUCUGCUAUUAAGAAACCUGGACAGCAACAGUCAAAGUCAACUUCUGGAAGUUCACCAAGUCUUCCCGCAUCAAGCAAGAAAAUGACGCGGAGUGAAUCCAUAUCCAAUAAAACUGCCUCCCAACGGUCGCAGACUCCAAAAGGACGAACAAUUCAAGUUGAGCCAACCUCCAAGGCUCAGGGCGAGUCCUCUGAUGCCGUGAGGUCCAAAAUGAGAGAAUCACUUGCUUCGGCUCUGGCGAUGGCAUGUCAGAAUCCAGAAACUGUUGUAAAUGCUGCCAAGGAUCAGAGUGAAGCAGUUCGUUCUCAGCCUUCGCAAAUGAAUGUAACUCCGACAACUGCCAAUGAAGGUCUACCUCAAACCUCUGUGUCACAUGUACCUCAAAACUGUGGCGAUGUACUUCCUUCAACUGGUGCUUUUCCCGUUGAUGGAACUAAUGACAGUCAGAGUUCGUCUCUUGGGCUUCAUGAUGACGUGAGCAUGGGAAACUCUAUACCUUGCUCUAGUGAACUUGAGUUGCAUGUGGAUGAUGUUCCAUUCAGUGACAAUUUCUUUGUCAAAGAUGAACUCCUGCAAGGGCAUGGUCUCACUUGGGCGAUGGAUCUAGAUAUGCAGUUAAGAGAAACUGAUUUCCUCCAGGAUGCUGAAAAGGCCAAUUUGUUUGAUGAGGGCCUAGUUGGAGAUAAAGAUGAGCUCGCAAAAGCAUCUCCAGAAGAUUUAGCUUUGCAAAUUGAGGCGGAACUUUUUAAAUUAUUUGGAGGUGUGAACAAGAAAUAUAAAGAAAAGGGAAGGUCUCUUCUCUUCAACCUAAAAGAUCGCAAUAAUCCUGAACUGAGAGAGAGAGUGAUGUCAGGUGAGAUACCCCCAGAUAAGUUAUGUUCAAUGAGUGCUGAAGAACUUGCAUCAAAGGAGCUAUCUGAGUGGCGGACGGCAAAAGCUGAGGAACUUGCUCAAAUGGUAGUUUUACCUGAUAAUGAAGUUAAUAUGAGACGCCUAGUUAAGAAAACUCACAAGGGUGAAUAUCAGGUUGAUUUUGAACGGGAUGAUAACAAUAUUGCUGCUGAGAUAUCUGCAGGUUCCUCAAAUGUCUCACAGUUUAUGCCGAAGAUAGAGAAGGGGAGAAAUUCUGGCCCUUCUGGUACGGAUGAGAUUGGAAGUAAAGAAAAUGUUCCCAGCCAACAUAAUAGCUCAGAAAAGCAAGAUGUGAAAGAUAGCUUGGUAAUUCCAGCUGAUGGGGCUGAUUUGAUGCAGGGGAUGGUUGUAGAGGAAUUCAAGGAUGCAGAAUUUCUUCCUCCUAUUGUUUCCUUAGAUGAAUUCAUGGAAUCACUCGAUUCCGAACCUCCUUUUGAAAACUUGCCUGUCAAAAACAAUCGUUCUGCACCUCUUCCAGACAAUGAAAGAGCAGAGGACCCUAACAAAGUUGUGGGUUCUGGUCCAGCCACUAAAGACCCUGCUGUUGCUUCUGCCGACAAAGCUAUUGAAGAGCUCAAGAAUCAUGUCGAACAAAAGGAGUCUCUGGUGGUAUCUACAGGGAGCCCUGUAGUAAAGAAAGUUACUAGCUCUGGGAAUGUGCCUGUCAAAUCUGCUGAGAGCCUUAUCAAGAUGGCAGGACCACGUGGUAAUGCUUCUACAGCUCCAUGUAUCUGGGGUGGGGCACUCCAGCUUACUAUUUCAUCUUCGGUAACAGUCUUUGGUUCGUUUAGAAGUGGUGAAAAGACACCGACUAACGAGUGGCCAAGUUCUCUUGAGAUCAAGGGUAGAGUUCGACUUGAUGCAUUUGAGAAAUUUCUUCAAGAGCUUCCUAUGUCACGAAGUCGUGCAGUCAUGGUUGUUCAAUUUGUUUUGAAGGAUAAGUCAUCUGAGAGUGAACGGGCAAACCUUUCUGAGGCAGUGGAGUCAUACGGUUCAGAUGAGAGGUUGGGGUUUGCCGAGCCGGCACCAGGGGUGGAACUAUAUCUAUGCCCACCGCACAUACUUGAUAUGAUAAGCAAACACCUUUCCAAGGACCCUGGAGUGCUAUAUGAUUCUACAGAAAAUGGUCUAAUUGGCGUAGUUGUAUGGAGAAAACUUCAUAUAAGUUCAACAAUAUCACCUAACUCUUCUUCGCACCAUAAACACGGCUUGAAAAAACAACAGAUGAUUCCUAGAGGACAGCACGAAAAAGAUGGAAACGUUAAUGUAAAUUUGAUGCCUAAAGGAACCAUGCCCCCCAUGUCUUCGAAACAUGAUCCCGCAAUGGAUGACGACGAUGAUAUUCCACCUGGGUUUGGUCCCAAAGCAGUCCGUGACGAUGAUGAUUUGCCUGAGUUUAAUUUUUCUGGUAACUUAAAUGCUUCUAGGCCUAGGCACCCAUCUCAAAACUUGACCCAUGGGUCAAGAAUGCCCCUAUAUAACCAACCGAUACCUUCUCGUCCUGUAGACCAGAUGAGAGAACUUGUACUAAAGUAUGGACAAACUGGAGCGGCUACUAGUAACGAUAGACCUACAAAUGUUGGUCUUGGAAUUGAACCAUGGAAUGAUGACGACGACGACAUCCCCGAGUGGCAGCCACAAGCCCCCCCAGCCCUACAGCGUCCUCCAUACCCUUUAGGCCAUAGUUAUACGCGGCCUCAUUUGGCUCAUCAUAGGCCAUUGGCACCACCUAUGGCUUUGCCUAUGCAGCCACCAAUAAAUAAUGUUCCAAACAGGCAACAAAUAAUGUCACCCAGGGGGCAAUAUCAAGUUGACUGGAGAAGGGAUCCAUCAAGGGCUAGGGGAUUCUGAAGUUUUUCUUUUUGUUAGUUUAGUGACUAGCCAUGAUGUAAAUUCUGAAUACCGUUUUUUCUUCUUCAGUUGUGUUUGGCUUUUAGACUUUAGACUAGGUAGUUAGCUUUUCUUUAGAUGUUUUAAACAAGAGUUUAUUUUGUACUUUCAACAUAAAACCGAGAGAAUUCAUGUUCUCUUUUCCAGUGGUUUAUUUUCACUGUAUCUCUUAAUUUCAUGAAAAGAGAAACAUAAAGAUAUUCCAUCUCUUAAGCGUUA